CUGCCUCCGCGCCAAGCAACAAUUCGAGGAGCGGGGCGGGGCAGCUCGCGCAGCGUCAGAGCGGACUGCCCAAUGGGAGCCGGCGUUGACAGAUGCGCGCGCCCUGUGCCCAAUAAGCGAUGGCGGCUCGAAUGGCUCUUCUACCUUGCUGGCUGUGGGCGGAGCGGCUUGACGGAGGAGGCGGCGGGGCAGGGGGCGGUUUGGUUGCGCGGUACUAGCGGUGCCAGCCGAAGGGGGUGGAGGCGGAGGAGCGAGCCGUGCGGCCAGAGCGGGAAAGAGACUCGUCUCAGCGUCCGAGUUGUGGAGCCGCCGCACCCCGGCUCCUGGGGCUGCAGCAGGAGCCGUGAGGGGCCGGGCGUCCGCUGUCUCCCGGGUCCCCUCGUAGGACCCCGCGGGAUCCGAAAACGGAGAAGAUGGAGGAGGAGGGCGGCAGCGGCGGCGGCGGCGCGGCGGGGACCAGCGGGGACGGCGGCGCCGGGGGAGAGCAGCUCCUCACUGUCAAGCACGAGCUGCGGACGGCUAAUUUAACAGGACAUGCGGAGAAGGUGGGGAUUGAAAACUUUGAGCUCUUGAAGGUCCUAGGAACUGGAGCUUAUGGAAAAGUAUUUCUAGUUCGUAAAAUAAGUGGUCAUGAUACUGGAAAGCUGUAUGCCAUGAAAGUUUUGAAAAAGGCAACAAUAGUUCAAAAGGCCAAAACCACAGAGCACACGAGGACGGAGCGACAAGUCCUGGAACACAUUAGGCAGUCGCCAUUUUUGGUGACAUUGCACUAUGCUUUCCAGACAGAAACCAAACUUCAUCUCAUUUUAGAUUAUAUAAAUGGUGGAGAGCUUUUUACUCAUCUUUCUCAAAGAGAGCGUUUCACAGAGCCCGAGGUGCAGAUCUACGUGGGAGAGAUCGUGCUUGCGCUCGAACACCUCCACAAGUUGGGGAUUAUAUACCGUGACAUUAAGCUUGAGAAUAUUCUACUUGAUUCUAAUGGCCAUGUGGUGCUGACAGAUUUUGGUCUGAGUAAGGAGUUUGUGGCUGAUGAAGCUGAAAGAGCGUAUUCCUUUUGUGGAACUAUUGAAUACAUGGCACCAGAUAUUGUCAGAGGGGGAGAUUCAGGACAUGACAAGGCAGUUGACUGGUGGAGUUUAGGUGUUCUAAUGUAUGAAUUACUAACUGGAGCAUCUCCUUUCACUGUUGAUGGAGAGAAGAAUUCCCAAGCUGAGAUAUCUAGGAGAAUAUUAAAAAGUGAGCCUCCGUAUCCCCCAAAAAUGAGUGCUUUAGCCAAAGACCUAAUUCAGCGUCUUUUGAUGAAAGAUCCCAAGAAAAGAUUGGGAUGUGGUCCACGUGAUGCAGAUGAAAUCAAAGAACAUCUCUUUUUUCAGAAAAUAAAUUGGGAUGAUUUAGCUGCCAAAAAAGUGCCCGCACCAUUCAAGCCAGUCAUCCGAGAUGAAUUAGAUGUGAGUAACUUUGCAGAAGAGUUCACAGAAAUGGAUCCCACCUACUCUCCCGCAGCACUGCCCCAGAGCUCCGAGAGGCUGUUCCAGGGCUAUUCCUUUGUUGCUCCCUCCAUUCUGUUCAAGCGUAAUGCGGCCGUCAUAGAUCCUCUUCAGUUUCACAUGGGAGUUGAACGUCCUGGAGCUACAAAUGUUGCUAGGAGUGCGAUGAUGAAGGACUCUCCGUUCUAUCAACACUAUGACCUAGAUCUGAAGGACAAACCAUUGGGAGAAGGAAGUUUUUCAAUUUGUCGAAAGUGCAUACACAAAAAAAGUAACCAGGCAUUUGCAGUCAAAAUAAUCAGCAAAAGGUUGGAAGCCAAUACUCAGAAAGAAAUAACAGCUCUGAAACUCUGUGAAGGACAUCCCAAUAUUGUGAAAUUGCAUGAAGUUUUUCAUGAUCAGCUUCACACUUUUCUAGUGAUGGAACUUCUGAAUGGCGGAGAGCUGUUUGAACGAAUUAAGAGAAAGAAACACUUCAGUGAGACCGAAGCCAGCUACAUCAUGCGGAAGCUGGUCUCAGCUGUAAGCCACAUGCACGAUGUGGGAGUGGUGCACAGAGACUUGAAACCUGAGAAUUUAUUGUUCACUGAUGAAAAUGACAACUUGGAAAUUAAAGUAAUUGAUUUCGGGUUUGCACGCUUAAAGCCGCCUGAUAAUCAGCCUCUCAAGACGCCGUGCUUCACCCUUCAUUAUGCUGCCCCAGAGCUCUUGAAUCAUAACGGCUACGACGAAUCCUGUGACCUCUGGAGCUUGGGCGUCAUUUUGUAUACCAUGUUGUCAGGGCAAGUUCCAUUCCAAUCUCAUGACAAAAGUUUGACGUGUACCAGUGCAGUGGAAAUCAUGAAGAAAAUUAAAAAGGGAGAUUUCUCCUUUGAAGGAGAAGCCUGGAAGAAUGUAUCCCAAGAGGCUAAAGAUUUGAUCCAAGGACUUCUCACAGUCGAUCCAAAUAAGAGGCUUAAAAUGUCUGGCUUGAGAUACAACGAAUGGCUUCAAGAUGGCAGUCAGCUGUCCUCAAAUCCUCUGAUGACUCCAGACAUUCUAGGAUCUUCAGGAGCUGCUGUGCAUACCUGUGUGAAAGCCACCUUCCAUGCCUUUAACAAAUACAAGAGAGAGGGGUUUUGCCUUCAGAACGUGGAUAAGGCCCCUUUGGCGAAGAGAAGGAAAAUGAAAAAGACUAGCACCAGCACGGAGACGCGCAGCAGCUCCAGUGAAAGUUCUCAUUCCUCCUCCUCUCAUUCUCACGGUAAAACCACACCUACAAAGACUCUGCAGCCCAGCAACCCUGCCGACAGCAAUAACCCAGAGACCCUCUUCCAGUUCUCGGACUGAGUAGCGCAGGAAUGGUAGGAAUGUAACCGAUGAUCCAUUGCUCCUUUCCUUCCCUCAGCAGAUGCCUGAGGCGAUGUUUUCUGCUUUUAAAAGUGUGUCCCAUUGGUCUCAUUGGAAUCUUCCUCUUAGGGAAUUUUUUCAGGAAAACCCAAUUGGUUAUCCUUGUCCGAAAGCACUGGACAGAGAACGUUACUGUGAAUAGAGCACACGUUAUACUGUUUAGUGACCUAGCCUGAUGCCGACAGGACUAUUCUUGAAGGAGCAAAGGUGUCUGUCAAUUUAAUUAAGGACUGAUUAGAUUUGAGCUGCUUACGAAAUAAGUCACAAGUUUCUCAGAUGUCUGCCAGCAAGAGAGUUACUCAGACUGAUGAUGCCACCUUUUGCUUCACCUUGUGGACAAUGUGGGUUUUUAACAGAUUUGCACCCUUUGAACAGUGAUUUAUCAGAGAAAAAGGUCUGUUUUCAAAAAGAUUCUGUAAUGAAUUUUAUGUGUGGCAUAUACUUAUUUCUUGAGAGAGGAUUUUAACUUAUUGUUUUUAUUUUAUGGUUACAUCUGAUGAUACCCGGCUAUUGUUAAUCUUUUUCUAAAAAGU